AUGCGGGCAUCGCUGAAAUUGUUCGCUGGGGUCACUUCCAACCGGCCGUCAAAGCUUAGGAAACCAGCGAUCAGCUUAGACCAUUUUAUUCAGAGGCAGCGUGUUAUUUCUCUAUGGCGCGAAAUUGUCAGAGCGUUACACAAAAUCCCCAAUUCUCCCACUCGAAGGGAGCUAAGAGAUUACGCUCGUACUGAAUUUGAGCGUCAUCGAAAUGUCACUGACUUACAGCAUAUCCGGUACCUGACUUCGACUGGGAAGUCUGAAUUUGACAUGAUGAAACGAUAUAUCGAUGAACAGGCUGCAGCCUGA